AUGAUUAAAACUACUAUAUUUAAAAUGUGUACUUGUAUUGAAAUGGUUUUAUCACAGAGUUACAUUAGUAUAACAUUUUUAAUGAUGUAUGGAACAAUGUGGUUAUUUGAUAUGAAAUUUGAUACACGUGUUUUUACUCUUUCAUAUGUAUUACUUAAUUAUACACGUCAAUCUUGCAUUAAUUAUUUUAACUUUGCUAUUCGUGAUCUUCUUAAUUAUAUGGCUGCUCAAAAACGAAUCCGAACAUUUCUUUUGUUUGAUGAAUCUGAACGAGAUUAUCGAUUGUUAUCAACCUCUUUUAACGAUAUCGUAGAAAUAGAUAAAGUUGAUGAAAAUUUAAUAAAACGAACAUCUGAAGUUAUAUGCAAUUUAAAACAAGCUCAAUGGGAAAAAAAUGGAAAAUUUUUAUUAAAAAAUAUUAUAUUCGAUGCUCAUCCAGGUGAUUUAAUCUGUAUCAUUGGACCUGUUGGAUCUGGAAAAAGUUCACUUUUACAAACAUUAACAGGUGAAAUAACUUAUUUUGAUGGAAAAGUUCGAUUAUAUGGAUCAUUUUGUUAUGUACCACAAGAAUCAUGGAUAUUCUCGUCAUCAGUAAAGAAUAAUAUUCUUUUUGGUAAAAAAUAUAAUUCUAAGUUAUUUCAACGCGUUGCGCGUGCAACUGCUCUCGAUACAGAUUUUGUUCAAUUGUCUCAUGGUGAAAAUACUCUUGUUGGUGAUCAAGGUGUCAUGUUAUCUGGAGGUCAAAAAGCACGUGUCAAUAUAGCAAGAGCACUCUAUCGUGAUGCUGAUAUUUAUCUAUUAGAUGAUCCACUUUCAGCUGUUGAUGCUAAAGUUUCUAAACAUCUUUUUGAUAAAUCAAUCAAACAUUAUCUUCGUGAUAAGAUUCGUAUUUUAGUUACUCAUCAAAUACAAUUUUUACAAAAUGCAACUAAAAUUAUUGUUCUUGAUAAUGGUGAAAUGGUACAAAUGGGAACAUAUGAAGAAUUACUUGUAUCUUCACCAUUAUUUGCUCAACUUCUUGAAGAUAUUAAUCAACAUGAACAAGAACAAGAGCAACAACAACCAAUUUCUUUAUUAAAUCAACAAUCAAUGAUUGCUUCAAUAAAUUCAGAAAAUGACAAUGUUGAUGAAGAAAAUAUUAAUUCAUUAACACAAAAUCUUGAAACAAAACAAGAAGGAACAGUAAAAUGGAAUGUUUAUGUAUUAUAUAUUCGAUCUGGUAUUGGUGUCAUUUUGGGUUUUCUAUUAAUUAUAAUUUUAUUUGCAACACAACAAACAAUAGCUAUUUAUAGUAAUUGGUGGUUAGUAACAUGGACUAAUGAUGAAAGUCGUCGUCAUCAUCAAAAUUCAACGAAUUGCGUGGCUAUACAAGAUAAGAAAAUUGAUAAAAUAUAUCGAAUGAAUAGUAUUGAAUGGUAUACAUAUCGAGAUCGACGAUUUUAUAUAUUUUGUGUUUUCGUAUUUAUACUUUGCUUUUUGAUAUUUCUUCGGACUGUUGUCAGUCAACUUAUAUUUUUAAAUGCUGGACGAGUACUUCAUAAUAAAAUGUUUAAACGAGUAAUUCGAUGUCCUAUAUCAUUUUUUGAUACGAAUCCUGUUGGACGAAUAUUGAAUCGUUUUACAAGCGAUAUUGCUACAAUGGAUGAGUCUUUGCCAAUGACUGUGUUCGAUUUUCUUGUGUCUUUAUCUCAAGUUUUGGGUACAAUUGUUCUGGUUAUAUUCCUUAAUCCAUGGCCAUUUAUUUCAGCAAUAAUUGCUGCAAGUGGCAUGCUCUUUGUGAGAUAUCGAUUUGCUCCAUGUUCCCGUGAUUUAAAACGACUUGUAGGAACUACACAAAGUCCUGUGUAUUCACAAUUAACAUCAACUAUUCAUGGACUCAAAGUCAUUCGAUCUUAUCAUGCUGAAAAUAUUUGUUCUGAAGAAUUUCAUUAUCAUCUUGAUAAUAAUACACGAGUCAGCUUUUUGAUUACAACAUUAAAUAGAUGGUCAGCAAUGCGUUUCGAUUGGGUAUCUCUAAUAUUUAUUGCCUUGGUUAUCAUACUUGCCAUAAUUGUUCGUAUAAAUCAACAUCAAUUUUCAGUGGUAGAAAUUGCUCUUACACUUACCUAUAGUCUCAAUCUAAUGGGUCUUUUUCAAUGGACCAUCAGACAAUCAGUUGAAGUUGAAACGCAAAUGACAUCAGUCGAACGAAUACUUGAAUAUUGUUCACUUGAACAAGAACCACAUAAUCAACUGCCAUUCAAAUAUCGACCACUAACAAGUUGGCCAUCACAAGGUCGCAUUGUUUUUGAAAAUGUUUCUAUGUCUCAUUCAAAAGAAUUAAAUUCACCAUUGGCUCUUAAUCAUAUUUCAUUAAUAAUUGAACCUGGUGAAAAAAUUGGUAUUGUUGGAAGAACAGGUGCUGGUAAAAGUUCAUUCAUUCAAACUCUUUUUCGAAUGGGUACACUUGUCGAUGGUCACAUUAUUAUUGAUAAUAUUGACAUAGCAACUAUUGGAUUAGAUGAUAUUCGACGUCGUAUUUCAAUUAUUCCACAAGAUCCAGUUCUUUUUACUGGUACAAUGAGAAGUAAUCUUGAUCCAUUUGGUCUUUAUUCAGAUGCUGAAAUAUGGAAUGCACUUGAACAAGUACAAUUGAAGAAAUUAGUAACAAAUAUGAUGUCGAUUGGUCUUCAUUCAUUAGUAAGUGAAAGUGGAUCUAAUUUGAGUGUUGGCCAAAAACAACUGGUAUGUUUGGCAAGAGCGAUUUUGAAAAAGAGUAAAAUUCUUGUAAUUGAUGAAGCAACUGCUAAUGUGGAUAAUGCAACGGAUGAAUUGGUUCAAAGAGCCAUUCGUGAUCAAUUCAAAGAAUGUACAGUAUUGACAGUUGCACAUCGUUUGCGUACAGUGAUUGAUAGUGAUCGUAUCAUGGUUCUUAGCUAUGGAAAAUUGGUCGAGUUUGAUUCACCUCAAGUAUUACUUUCAAAUAAUUACUCUCAUUUUAGUUUACUAGUAGAACAGACAGGAAUAGCUGAAGCAGAAUAUCUUCGAACAUUAGCAAAUCCUGCUGAAUCAUAUAGAAGGCGGGUACGAGAAAUAUAUAACUUAGACGAUGAGCCGAUAUUAGAAACUAAUGAAAUGGAUCCUCUUGUUCCUUCAUUGAAAUAG